AUGCCUUACCUCAACGGAGUAUUCAACCCUAUUUAUAUGGGAAUUAAUGGUCUACUCAUCCUCUUCGCAGUAGCACUGAUAAUUACCUACACCGUCAUCACCUACAACCCCUUAUAUUACGAGUUCUUCGGGGCCCUCCGUAUUGACUCCACCACCAUCAGCUCGGUCCUCAUCCUCAUGCUCAGCCUGUCUGGUAUUAGCUUUGCUGCUGCGAACACUAAAGCCGACUCAUUCCGCUUCCUCCAUGGAGGGUUCUCUGCCAUCAUGACCGUAUGUUGGUUGGUCAUUGCCGUGGCCCUCUGUCAUUGGUCUAUCACAUUCUAUAAGCUAAGACUCGAUCGGGGGGAGAUCACCUUGGUGCCAUCUAGAGAUCGUUACGCCCAGGAUCUGGUAGAUGACCUUUUCAACUCAUUCACCAGAUCGUAUAGUGAGGGUGACUGUCGUGAUGGUGGCUAUGAUAAGGCUACUAAGAUGUUCAUACGGCCCUACUGCAAGGAGUUUCAGACCUUCCGUGAGCUGAUUCGCUUAGCUCGAGAGCCCGAGACCGUUCAACACCUCGAGGAGUGGGAGUACUGUAUGUCUGAUACACCAGCCUUAAGUCAAGCCGACGGACUUUGGUGUCGGCUGAAUGCCCAGCUUAGCUGGGAGAUAGGACAAUUAGUCCAGUGGCUAUGCGCCGCUUCCUGGAUCGUAUUUGUGCUUCUGGCUGCGUCAACAGUCGUCAGCCUUAUUGGUGGCGGAAAUAGCUCGACUACUGAUGACGGUGAUGAGGAAAGGGAACGCUUGAUGUAG